UGCAGGGUAAGGAGAGGGUGGGUAGAGAGACUGGAAGGGGGCAGGCUGCUCUCAUCAAAGGACCUCUCAGACUCUACAAGUUAAUGACCGAUAUAACAGAGACCCUGAAACCCUCAGACCCCGACAGCUACACACAGACAGACGGACAAACAGUCAGAGAGACAGACUGACAUACAGAAAAAAAAAAAAAAAACUGAGUUUGAAAUGACGUGGCGUGAGCUACGUAGUAAGCAGUUCUGGCGCGCCAUUCUCGCGGAGCUGCUCGGCACCCUGGUUUUAGUGAGCGCCGUGCUGGGUGCAUCUGUGCCAGGCCCCGGAGAGGCCCCCACGGGACCCAUGUACCCAGCAGUGGCAGUGGGUGUGACGAUUGUCGCACUGGGACACUGUUUUGGAGAAAUAAGCGGGGCACAGGUGAACCCUGCAGUGACGCUGGCUCUGUUGGCCACUCGGAAGCUGGAAGUUGUAAGAGCCGUUGUUUACAUAGUUGCACAGUGUUUGGGGGCCUGUUUAGGAGCCGGGGCCCUCUACUUGGCCCUGCCAGUCAAAACCACUGCAGACCACUUCGUCAACAGGGUUCCCAUAGAGUUAAAUGCAGCCCAGGCUCUGGGCAUGGAGGUUUUGUGCACCUUCCAGAUGGUCUUCACUGUGUUCUCAGUAGAGGAUCAGCGGCGAAGGGAAAGCCCAGAACCAGGAAACCUGGCCAUUGGAUUAGCACACACUGCUGGAGUGCUAAUAGGGGGGCGGUUCUCUGGUGCUAGUAUGAACCCCGCACGUUCUCUGGGUCCAGCCAUCAUCACUGGAUUCUGGGAAAACCACUGGGUGUAUUUGAUUGGACCAGUGAUUGGUGCUAUGCUGGCCGGAGUGUCCCAUGAGUUCUUCUUUGCACGAAGCGCCUCUCGCCAGAAGCUGGUGGCUUGUCUGACCUGUAAGGACAUCGAGAUCGUGGAGACGACCAGCAUGACGGGAUCAUCUCUGUCCACAGUCACACCGAACGCCAUGAGAGUCAAGCAAGCCAACAAACAAGAAAACAACUGAGGACACAUGCAUAAACAAACACAAUAUUACAGAUAUAUUUUUGAAGAUGCAUAGUGUAUCAAUGUGUGCAAUCUGAAGCACUUUAUGAACAAAAUGACAAAAUAUUAAAAUCCUUUACUCAUAGCAACACCUCAAGAGAUAAAUUUAACAAUUAUUUAUUAAUUGUAAGAUUGACACAAGCUUCAUCCCAGAUCUUUCUUUCACAGUGUCCUUGUGCAAGAAACUGAAUCCUGAAAUGUGACCCACAAUAAUAAAUCUGACAUUUAUUAACUCAAUAACUUUUUUCUAUAAAAGAAAUGAUUAAAUAUAAAUGAAAAUGAUGAAAUGGCCGUUUGAUUUCCCAAAGCUUAAGGCAUUCAAAUGGGUUUCCUAAAACUAAAAACUUCAGCUUUAGUAUGGUAUUUUUAAAUAGUAUUUGCUGCUUGAAAAACGACUCACUCAAUUUAUCAAUUAUCCAGAAAGUUGCAGAUGCAUUUACUGUAGAUUAAUUGUCUAAUUGUUUCAUUAUUCUAUCCCAAAACGAGUCACUUGAAGAAUUAGUGCGUCCUGGGUGCAGUCCCACCUUUACGUAGAGCUGUCCAAUUUGUGAUCCGAUCACACAGAUUGGAUUUUAAUACCAGGUGGAAAUGGGGUCUUAAUCUGUCCUUGUUGCUUUUUGUUGAAAAUGUGGAUAGAAAGCUGCAUUUGAAGAUUAUUAUGUAAUGUAUGUAAAGGUGUAGACAAUCCUGUCAGAUUCAAUAAUAUUAAAUUCAAAAUUGCACAUCAUUAAAAUGUAUGAUGGAGACUCAUUGAAAGCCUGCUGAAAAACACUCUUAUAUUUGCUGCUUUCAGUUUCAGGGCCAAUCUGCGAAUGCUUUGAAAUGCUAAAGAGGUCCUUGCAUUGCAUUGUAGAUUCAAUGAUGCUCUCAAUUAGUCCAACAUGUGUCUCAUGUCUGCCUGUUAGUGGCUGUCUCCUCUUUUCAUACUUCUGUAAGGGCUGUGAAGAAAGAACACCUUCAAUGGAAAAGAAAUCAUGAAUUGAAUACUGUGUGUGUGUUUUGGUUGGAUGAUGUUUGUCUUGUCUUAUACAAUAAUGUGUUUUGCAUAACACACUUUUAAUUUAAAGGGUCCGUUCCCUCAAAUUAUAAAAAAGAAACACAUUUUCUCACACACGUUAUUUUCUAGAUUUGGUUUAAUUUGUCUAGGUUUUUUGAUAUUUGUCUCUUUAUCAGUAGUGGCAAGUGAGAAAAUAUGUUCUUUUUUAAUUUGGAUGAACAGCUCUGUCAAAAUGAAUAUAAUAAAAAUAAAUGUAUAAUAUAUUAAUAUUCAUAAUUAAUGUUAAACAAACUGUACACUGUAUUAUCUGGAUUUGAAAGCAAGUCUAAAAUAAAA